GCACACAGAAGGACAAUACACAAUCUUGUAGUUCCCACCAAACUUGGCGAUCUUGAACCAGUUUUCCACCGUCCUCGGGCCGGGCUUCCCUUCGAUCCCACCGGUUCCAACGAACCACUGCUUGACAUCAUCGUUGUAGCUUUCCACCUUCCAAACCGUCGCCUCAUCACAGGCCGUCUCAGCGGUGAACUCGAUGUUGAGGUCGGUGGCAGUUUGGACGGUGUAGCCUGGCUUGGUAUUUACGGGAAGGAAGACCACGGAGAGGCCCUUGGAGAGCUCGUAGUCGUCUUGAAAGACGGAGAGCGGGCAUUUUUUGGUCUUGGUUCGGUCGAGAGCUACACCGCCGCCGUUUCCAGAGACGGAGGGAAGGAUGAAGUAGUUGAGGCCGGAGCGGAGUGGAGUGCCAUCCACGUCAGUGACGGCGACGGGAGAAGCAGCGAAUGA